AGUCGACUCUCCAGCAUGGACAUCGCAACAGAUAUCACACAUGGCUGCAGCAAUACCUCGGACACAGGGGACGACAGAGACUCAGAUACCGAUUUUGGACCUUCAAGACUCGGAACGAAAGAAUAUUGGGAACAUGCAUAUCAGAAAGAGCUUGAGACAUUCAAAGACAUCGGGGAUGUUGGUGAGAUAUGGUUUGGUGAGGAAAGCAUGAGCCGUGUGCUACGAUGGAUGGACCAAGCUAAGAUUCCAGAAAAUGCUGCCAUCCUUGACAUCGGCACUGGAAAUGGAGCCUUUUUAACUGAACUGGCUAAACAUGGAUACAGGAAUCUGACUGGUAUAGAUUAUUCUCCAGCAUCUGUAGAAUUGGCCAGAAAUGUCUUGCAGGCGGAGGACUUGACAGAUAUCACUGUAAAGGAAAUGGAUUUCUUAAACUGUGAAGGGGAGCUCAAGGGUUUUGAUGUCUGCAUUGACAAAGGAACAUUUGAUGCAAUAAGCUUAAACCCAGACAACACCAAGGAUGGCAAAAAACUCUAUGUCCAAGCUGUAAAAGAUGCUCUUAAGGACAAAGGAUUCUUCACUCUCACCUCAUGUAACUGGACAAAAGAGCAGCUGCUACAGAGAUUCAGUGAUGGAUUUGAGUUUGUACAGGAGUUACCUACACCCAGUUUACAAUUUGGAGGCAAGACGGGCAACAGUGUGACAGCACUCAUCUUCAAGCGAGUGCAUUGAUUCACAUGACCUUAGAGGAUGCUGGUCCUUUUUUUCAACAAGACCUAAUUAUUUUGUAUUCAUUUUUAAAAACUAUGUGUAACGAAGCAGAUAUACCCUGUAACUGAGUGGGGCUGACCUCUUGAAAUAAAUCACUCUUUGAUUAUG